UUAUCAUCAAGUUAAUAUAAGUAAAUGAAUAAUUUGCGAUAUAUUUGCUGAUAAAUCGUUUUCAAUAAAAAGUUUGACUUGCAGAAGAAAUGAAGGAAAAUAUGCUCUCAACAUCAACAUCAAAUAGUAGUUUCCUUAAUGCAGGAAAUUACGCAGAUUUAGAUGAUCAAAUGACAAUAUUGGAUUGUGAAACAAGAAACUUUCACAGACCUAUGUCAAAAGUUAGAAAAAUGGCUUUUAUUGCAUCAAUUGUGAGCAUAUUUUUUGUCCUUAUCAUCUUUCUACUUCUUCCCUGCAAUAAAAAUUGUGUCUCAAAGCAUCACAUUACAAAGCUCACAAAAACCAUAAAUUGGAUGAGGAAUUAUGAGAAUGUAGAAUUUAAAGGAAAGAUUAAUACGAUAAGAACGCUUAAUGUAGAAAACACUCCAUUAAAUCUGAUUUUUAUGUAUCGUAGUGAUAAAUUUUUUCCAAAUAGUGAUGUUAAAAAGUCGAAGCAAAAAUCAAGUGGUGGAAUUAUCAAACUGAAUGGUAAUUCAGGAGAGAUUGUAUGGAAAAAUGAAAUGACAAAUGAGCCCCGGUAUUUAGAUUGUAGCUUAAUUGACUGUAAUAAGAAUGGUAGAAAAGAUUGUCUGAUAAUUGACGAUUAUGGACAAUUGGCUUGUAUUGAUGAUACAGGUCAUUGGAUUUAUUACAAUUCAAAUUCAAAAAAUACCAAACAAGAACGUCAAGAGAUAUAUGAUUUUCCUUUAAUCAUUCCGGAUUUGACAUCAGAUGAAGUUUUUGAAAUAAUCAUGGGAAGCUACAAGAACAAUGCAACUUAUUUGGCUUUGCUGUCUGGAUCAAAUGGAAAGUUACUUGCUGAAGAAAUACAAAACUGCUCUUACAUUCAUAAAUUACAGUUAGACACAGAAUAUGUAAUUAAAUUUAUAUGCGUUGUAAAGGAUAACACUGAACAGCAAAUUUUUAAGAAUCUUACCGAUUUUUAUGCGCUAAUGUCUAAGAAGCCAAAAAUUGCAAAAAUACAAUCGACUUCUUCUAUUCCUCAACAUGAAUACGCUGAUAAGUUUGUCUCUGCUAAAUCGCAAACAACAGUCACUAAAAUUUUUGAUAAGGAAUUGAAAAUCGAAAAUAAAGGAUCAUGGCCACGUGAGAGUAAAAUGAUAUUAAAAUUAACUAGUAUCGAGAAUGGAAUUAAAAAGAUCCAUUAUAACUAUUCAGGCAGUAAAAUAUAUGGAUUUAUACCUGUUAAAUUUUCAGUAAAUAUGACAUCAAUUAAAAGUCAUGGAAGUGAUAACAUAUACGGUUUCAUAGUAAAAUUUUGGACAUGGAAUGGAACAGAAAUAAGCUAUAAUUCUGAAAAGAGAAAAAUGAAACGCGAAGUUAAUCAAGUUGAAAAAUCUUCUAAGAAUAUGAAAUCACAAAGAAGUAAUUUUACAAAUCAAACUUACAAUAAUGUUUAUAAAACUAAGCUUCGAUAUCUAAAAGAAACAAUAUUGCUGAUUGUUUUUAAUAGUACGCAUAUGAAGGCAGAAAAUACUUCUCAAUCCAACAUAAUUCAAUUUUGUCAAAACCCAAUUGAUUCUUUAGAAACAAUGUGUCAACCCGAUUUAAAAUAUCAAGACAACUCAUUAAUUAUAGCUGAUAUUGAUAACGAUGGAUCAAAAGAACUUGUAAGCUUUUAUUCAACCUUCGUAGACGAAAAUCACGGAAAUAAUAUAAUAAAUAGUCGUUGGAAACUUAAAAGUUUUGUUCAAUUGUUUAAGCUUGAAACGGAGUUACCCAAAUUGUAUAGAAGUGAUUACGAUAUAUUUUAA